AUGUCAUCAGUAUUAUUGCGGGAUUUUUUAUAUGAAUUAUGUGUUAGUUCGGAAAAGGCAGCAUGCAUUGCACGUCAUAUUCGUUUUAUGCACAGUGAUUUCAAUAGCAUGAUUCAGGAAAAAAAAUUGGAUGAAAAUCAUCAACAUCUUACUGCUGAUUAUAAAACUUUAGCAGAUGUUAUUAUUCAAGAAGUCAUUAAGCGAGAUUUAAAAAGGAUUUAUCCCGUACUAACUCAUCAUAUACAUGGCGAAGAAGACGGUUCGUUGAAGUUAAAUUCUACUGAUGAAAAAAUUGUAAUUGAUGUCAGCGGUAGCCAAGAAGAUAUUCUGAAUCUCCUCAAAAAAUUAUUUGAUAAUAAAUCUACUGAAUCAAUCGAAAAAUUAGCUGAAAUAGUAUCAUCGUCUACAGAUCUAGUACUAACCGAACAAUGUAAACAAUCAUUCGAACAAAUUCCACAUGAUAUUUCUAUUGAUUUAUCAACUAUUGGCAUAUGGAUUGAUCCCGUUGAUGGUACACAACAGUAUAUAAAUGGUACUGAUGGAAUAAUUGAUUCAAGAACUGGAAUUAUGCAAGAUGGUCUUCCAACAGCCUUGGUACUCAUUGGAUGUUUUGAUCGUACGGAUGGUCAUGCGAUCGUCGGUGUGAUUAAUCGAGCAUUUCGUGAAAAAAUUGAUAAUUAUAGAUGGAAAGGCUUGGUUUAUUGGGGUACGGCAUUAUUGAAUGCAAAAUAUAAUAAUCUCGACAAUGUUUAUAAACGAAAUGAGAACAAUAGUCAACGAGUGUUAUUACAUGGAAGUAUUGAUUUAAAUACAUUUACAAACAUUCUUGAUGAUUGGAGAAAAAUUGAAGUAGCAGCAUGUGGUAAUAAAUUACUAUCGAUUGGAUUAAAACAAGCAAAUAUUUAUUUAGCAACAAAAUCUGCUGCUUUCAAUUGGGAUCUAUGUGCCGCACAUGCAAUAAUUCAAUCAGCAAAUGGUCAAAUACUUGAUUUAAGUCACGUAAUAGAUUAUUACAAUGAAAAUAAAACAAAACAGAAUCUAGAUUUUUCUCAAUUCAAAAUUAUCUAUAAUAAUAUAAAAUCAGAUAAAUUUCAACCACAAGAUUAUGCAUGUAAACCUUUUAUUGCUUAUUACAAUGAACAAGAUUUAGUCGACAUUCUCGAACCAUUCGUAGCCAAUAAGAUUCUCAUUGAGUAA